CUCGUUGACAGUGGAGUUGGCAGCGGCGUUGGCAUUCAGUCGUACCGUCGACUGCAAGCGAAUUAACACGCCGCGUAUUCUUUUCACUGAUUUUCCCAACUCGUGGAAGGGCUCAGGUUUAUUCCGCAUCCAACACGCGAUUGAACCGCACAAGUUUCACUCUUCAAGAAUGAAGUUCCUCGUAAUAUUCGUUAUCGCUGUCGUUGGUCUCUACGAGGCCGAGGCAACUCAAUACAAAGUGACGGAUCGAGUAUUCUUGGAUGUAAUGAUAGACGAUCAUCCAAUUGGUAGAAUAGUAAUCGGAUUAUUUGGCGAGCAAGCACCGAAAACAGUGAAAAAUUUCGUGUCUCUUGCUACUGAAGGGAUCAGAGGAAGAACGUACGCUGGAUCGAAAUUUCAUCGUGUCGUUAAAAAAUUCAUGAUCCAAGGUGGAGAUAUUGAUAAGGGCGAUGGAAAUGGAUCGAUCAGUAUCUACGGAAAAUACUUCGAGGAUGAGGAUAAUGGUAUACAUCACGCUGGACCUGGUUUUGUAUCUAUGGCAAAUGCUGGUAAAAAUACAAAUGGCUGUCAGUUUUUCAUUACAACAGUCGCUACUCCGUGGCUAGAUGGCCAUCACACAGUUUUUGGAAAGGUCAUAGAGGGUCAGGACGUUCUCUUCAAGAUCGAACAGACUAAAACAGAUGCUGAGGACUCUCCAAUAGCUCCAGUGGUGAUCCUGGAGAGUGGAAAAAUCCCUACACCAGAGCCUUUCGACAUCUCUGACGAUCCAUACGAUGUUUGGGGGUGGAUUAGGGCGACGGCUAUCCCGUUAUCCUUCAGCUUCGCUAUUCUCGCAUUUUUUCAGUGGAUGAUCAAGCAAUUGGACUUUGAAAUCCCCAAAAUUCCAGUUGAUGUUAAAAAAACAGAUUGAGGGAAGUCUCAAUUUUUAUUAUUGUAACACUUGCAUUUAAAUAAUCGUGGAGCCAAAUAAAUACUGAUUUCUUA